UCUUUGAAAAUUUCAAGGAAUGAUAUUGAUUUGGUCUACUUCAAAAAAAUAAAAUGCGAGCGUAGAUUUUUAAACACAGCAAACGAGAUACGUGGUUUGGUAGUUUCACCGUCGAUAUGUUCUCACGUGCCUCCAUACACUGUUGCCAGAUAGCGCUAUAAAGCAGAACUUUCCCCUAUUCAAGUCCGUGUAAAAUAUCCACUUAUUAUCGCACUUGGUAACCUUGAGCUUAUCCUAGUUUGCACUUACGGCUCUUUUCUGUAGCAUGGCAGCGUCAGCGACGUGGCGAAAAAUAUUUUACGUUUUUCUUGCAACUGCGGGUAAAAUUCACUCCAAAGAAGAGGCAUGUUAACUUGGAGAGAGAAGGAAUUCUGAUUUCACGUUGUUUGGAACCGUAUGUAGAAUUAAAAAUUGUACAGAUGUAUGGUAAGCUGUAAAGUGUAUAUUAUCUUCUUUUUCAUGAGCAAUUAAAAAUAUGUAUAUUUUAAACGUUGUUCAUUUUUUCUCCGUGUAUAAGUGAUGUUUCUUCAAUUUUUUAAAAGUUAAAUGUACGCAUGUAAAUGAAAUGGGGGGGGGAUGUUUUUUGUCUCCGAGCUUUUAGAUGCGUCUAUGGACAUGUCGUCAGUCGUCCAAUGUAUCUCGAAUAUAUUUUCUUAGUUUUUGUCGCAUAAGAAAGCUGAAGUAUGUCCAGUAAGUUGAAUUUGAAGCGUUUACUAAAACGUCUUCUCUACAGAACUCAGUUUCAAAAUUACGCUUAAAAUAAAUAUUUAAAAGUCAAACCGCAGGCAAGGAAUAAAACAAAUGGUCUUUUCUUUUUAUUUUAUUUACCAAACAUAAUUUGUUGCAAAGAUACAUUCACAUUGCUUCUCGCCUUCAAAAGAUUGACUAGGCAACAAAAACUGCUAGUUAUAAAUUGAUUUUUAAUUGGCAACAAAACUCACGUGUACUUCUUACCAGCUACAAUGUAGGCGCGAUCUUCUUCUGUCAAGCUGUUUACCCAUGAAAUCCAAAUAUUUCCAAAUAUAUCAAUACAAUGUGUGAACAUGUGACUGAAAAAAUAUUUAAAUAUAAUUGAUAUUCUCUUUAUCUUAUUUUUUUUUAUUAUCGACGUUCAUAUAAUGUAUUAAAGCCCGCGUAUUAAAAGCUCCCCGAUUUCUUUCUAACACUCUUUUAGUUAAUCUACAAAUCAGUAUUUCAAUCCAGCAUUAGAAUCACGAAAGAGCAAAUGUAGCUGGUUCCUGGAUUUCACUCGCUUUUUAAUUUUGUUUACGGCAACGAUUUAUACUAGUAGAUAUUGUUCAUUGACCAUUGCACAAGUAGCCUCCGAUGAUUAGUUCAGUUUCCCUUCAAAAACUUAAUUAUGCAACGUGGGCUACUUUGAAACAGCAACAGUUGCUCACAACGACGGCGCCAUCAUCAUUAACUUUUUGGAACAGUUGAACAUGCAUUACUAUAUUUACUCUCUUUUUUUACUUCGUAUGUGGUCUUCCGACUUGGCUUCAUCACAGACGGUAAAUUUCGACCGUGUGAAGACAGUUGAGCAGUUAAGGUACAUCAGAAAAGUAAAUAUUUCCAAAAUUAGGGCCUUACGUCAGAUUUUACGAAUUACUGCUUGAUGAGCAUCUGUUCAUUGUCAGGCUCUAGUCUCUACGCAACGGCCUCGGCUUUCACGUCCUUGGUUCCGUAGCAUCCACGCUUGGUUCAGGUCCUUUGGCAGUCAUGGGUGGCAUCCUCGAUCCGAGGACUUUCCCAGCGCAGUUGAUAAAAUUAAUUUUCAUUCAUGAGGCGUGGAUGCUCGGAAUAUCCCUCGCAGCUGGGCAGAAUAUCUACCGUGACACUAGCGGGUGCCCGAUACCUUCUUACACCGUUUCGCGGACCUGCGGAAAAUGGGGACCCAUAGUUUUGGAAGACAUAACUUUGAUCUCCAACUUGGCCUCCUUCGAUCGAGAACGGGUUCCAGAGCGAGCUAUCCAUGCUCUAGGCGCAGGUGCCUUCGGAGACUUCGUGGUUACCCAUGACAUUAGUCAAUACUGCAAGGCAUCCGUGUUCUCCAAAGUUGGUCUCAAAACACAGGUCGCCGUCCGAUUUUCCACCUCCCGCAACGGGCGCAGCGGCCCUGAUAUGAUACGGGAUCCACGUGGCUUCGCUGUCAGGUUUUAUACCGGAGAUGGAAACUUUGACAUUGCGGGGCAGAACAUGCCGAUCUUUUACUUCAGGGAUCCCAUGCUCCUGCCGGCUUUCAUCCAUUCGCAGAGAGGAAGGGAGCCCAAAACAAACCUCCCGAACCCGAAUUACCAAUGGGACUUGGUGUGCUUGAGACACGAUACUCUUUUUCAAGUCAUGAUGCUCUACUCGGACUGGGGCACUCCCGAUGGCUACCGUUACAUGGACGGCUACGGAGUCAACACCUUUGUGCUCAUUAACGCUACCAAUCAGCCCGUCUAUUGCAAAUUCCAUUGGAAGUCACAUCUCGGGAAGAAGAACAUGACGCACGAGGACGCAGCGAAAGCAAGAGGUCAAAACGUCAACUACUCGAUACUAGAUCUAACGGAAGCUAUCAAUAAUGGUGACUACCCAUCCUGGGACUUCAUGAUCCAAGUUAUGACCUUCGAACAAGCCGACAGUUUUCCGUACAGCGUCUUAGAUUGCACGAAGGCGAGUGAUCCAAAUUUUGAUCUGCUACUCCCCUGUUGCGACUUGCUUUUCUUUGAACCGAUCAACUUGGUGAAACUGUCAGCGACGUCUAAAAGUGUCAAUUUGAGUAUCAUUAAGACUUUCAGCUCAUUUUUGGAAUAUUUCGAUGAAUAUUUACGACUAUACUUAUUUGUGAAGCUUUGGCCGGAAGAUAAGUAUCCCUUGAUCCCAGUUGGAACGAUGACAUUGAACAGGCUUCCUAACAACUUUCAUUUGGAAAUCGAGCAACUUGCCUUCAGCCCAGCGAAUCUGGUUCCGGGAAUACAACCCAGCCUUGAUCGAGUGCUUCAGGCGCGGCUGUUCGCGUACAAAGACUCGCAAAGGCAUCGGAUCGGCAAUCACUUCAUGCAAGUGCCGGUGAAUCGGCCGCUUCACUACCCGCCUUACAACUUGGUCCGUGACGGACAAAUGAACAUGCACCAGGAAUUCGGAUUCGACAACAACUUCUACCCGAGCUCCUUCGACCAAGCUCGGCCCGAUCCGUCGGUUGAGUUCGUGGCAUGGAACACCACUGGACCCGUCGGAAGGUACGACACUCUAGACGAGGACAAUUUCACCCAAGCCCGCGAGUGGUACGAAUCGUUGAGCGAUAACGACAGGAUGGCUAUCGCAAAAAACAUCGCGGGUGAUUUAAAUUUGAAAGGAUGCACCAAUGACAUAAAAGCACGAACUGCAGAGACCUUUGGCCUCGUCCAUCCCGAACUGGGCCGCAACAUCAGAUUACACACGAAAACGAAAGAAGCCGUUGAUGCAGAGAGCUUCUACUCAAAUUUUUUCCAGCAGCUAACGUCGUUUUAGAUUUAAUGUAAAAAGACAUAUUGACGGUGUAAGUCGGCAAUUACAUAUCUCGUUUGCGGUGUCUGAAAAUCUUCGCCUCUAUGUUAUUUUUUUA